AAACUGAACGCACUGAGUACAUUAGAUAUAAAAGCGAGCGAAUAUCACUCAUAUUUUAUCGUAAUAAGAAUGAUUAUAGUGUAAAUAUAAAUAAAAUUUUGUUGCAAAUUGUGUUGCAAAAUGAAUGCCUGGUCGGGCAAUAAUAGUGAUGCUAUGGGACCGACGGUUACUCGUGCUUGCAGUGCGAAGUCGACUACGCCACCUUUAAAAAAUGGUAAUGAAAUGCGCGAAUCGGGUUAUCUCAUAGCUGUUGGCUCAAGAACAGCUCGAUUCAGAAGGAAACAUAAAAAUAAGAUGAUAAUCCUCAUUUUACUAUUAUUACUCAUUAUAUUCUUGUGUUUAGCUGUCACAAUGACGGUUUUAUAUGUCAAACAAAAACGGAGCAAACCUAUACGUAUAUGCGAAAGCAAACAAUGUUUAAGAUCAGCUGCGAACCUCGCGCUGUCCAUGGAUAAGUCAGUGGAUCCUUGCAAUGAUUUUUACCAAUACGUAUGCGGCAAUUGGCCUAAAGAACAUCCCAGGCCGGAUGCUUAUAGUUCAUAUGAUUGGUUCAAUGACAAACAGAGGAAAGUAUUUGCCACUAUACGAGAUUUCCUCGCCAAGAAUGUCACCAACGAACCGAAACCGGUAAAGCAGGCUAAGGAUAUAUACAGUGCUUGUAUAGAUACAGAAGAACUAGAUAAGAGGGGACUAAAACCUGUGAUAAAAAUAUUAGAAUCUUUAGGACUACCCGCGUAUCCAACAGUUAUCAACGUAACUGAUGACAUCGACUACUCCACCUACAAAUUUAAUUGGCUAGAAGCAGUCAUAAAAAUUAAAACAUUACUAGGGAUGGAUGUACUCAUUGGAUUUGAUAUCUUCACUGAUCCAAAAAAUUCUUCAGUUUAUAGACUUGUUAUGGGAUCACCCGAAGCAACAAAUCCUUUUCCAAGCUUUCUCAUUGAAAAGAAACGUCAUGUAGGACGUAAAAGUAUUUUGUUAAGGAAAAAAGAAAAACAUAAAAAUGCUCCAUUUGUAAUAGACAAUAAAAAUAAAAAGAAGAAUGUAGAUAAUAAUAAUGACGAUGAAGAGAAGACUGCACAUAUAUACAAACUAUUUUACGCAGAAAUGAUGAAGCUUUUUGUAGUUGAAGCCACGGCUAAGAACUUUAGUUUGACUGAAGUAGAGUUAGAUCAAAACAUAUUCCUGUCUGCCAAUGAAUAUUAUAAUAUGAAUGAAGAUAUGUAUGAGCUAGAAGACGAUGUCAAUGUUACGACGAGUGAUGAUGAAAUUUAUAUAAAUAUACCUGAAUACACGGUAGAAGAAAUUCAAGAACAUACAGAUAUGAUAGUUCAGGAUAAUGACGGCGUUAAAAUGGACAUUUGGAAAGAAUACCUAGAGGGUAUUUUUAAAAUAAGCAAUGUCGACUUAGAUUUUAAAAAAGAUUUAAUUCUAGUUUCCGAUCCCGAUUUAAAAUACAUGUCACUUAUGGCUGCCUACGUAUCUAAAGCUUCUCCUGUUUCAAUUGAACUCUACAUUUGGAUAAAGGUAGUUGAAGUUAUGGCAGUUCACACGACGACGGAAUUGAGACUGUUAUUCCAGAGGUCAUAUGACGCAUUGAGAUCUCGAGAACUGUCGAUCACACCGCGCAGCCUUCAGUGUGCUAGUGCCACAAACGAUAUGAUGGGCAUGGCUGUGUCCUAUGCCAUAGCCGACUCCCACUUCUUUAGUGAUACCAAGCCAAAGAUUGAAGUAAUGCUACACGAAAUGAAAAACGCACUUGCCCGACUUGUUGGUAAAGCUAAAUGGAUGGAUGAUAACACAAAAUUAGCGACCUAUCAGAAGAUCAUAGAUAUGAAGUCAUUCGUUGGCUUCCCUGACUGGUUACUACAUGUGGAUUCACUUGAGAAAUAUUACGAGGGAAUCGAAGUUAGUCCUAAAACGCAUUUAGAAAAUAUGAUUAAAAUAAUACAGGUGAAAAUAAGGAAAGCCCUUAAUAAAUUUCGCACUGGCAACGAAUUCGCUUGGGCUACCGACCCUACAGAAGUAAAUGCUUAUCAUACUUUUCAAGAAAAUACCAUAACCGUGCCUUUAGUGAUGUUACAACACCCAUUCUUCGAUUUGGGACUUGAUUCGCUAAAUUAUGGAGCAUUGGGCAGUGUACUUGGACAUGAAAUAACACACGGUUUUGAUGAUUUCGGUAGACGUUUCGACAAGAACGGGAACUUGCUACCGUGGUGGUCCAACGACACCAUACAAUCAUUCGUCAAUAUGACCCAAUGCUUCGUUGACCAAUACUCAAAUUUUUAUAUUCCUGAACUUGGAGAGCAUGUAGAUGGCAAAAAAACCUUAGGAGAAAAUAUCGCUGAUAACGGUGGUGUUAGGGAGUCUUUCGGGGCUCUUAAAGAACACUUACAAAAGUAUGGCCCUGAACCAAAGCUACCCGGCUUUGAAGAAUUUACUCCAGAACAAUUAUUUUUUAUAUCAUAUGGAAAUUUGUGGUGUGAGGUAUCUACCAAGGAUUCCCUGAAGUCAGGUCUAUCCGACGAGCACUCUCCUCAACAUCUCCGGGCCCGCGGUGCACUACAGAACAAUGCAGAUUUCUCAAGAAUAUGGAAAUGCCCCCCCGAUUCUCCGAUGAACCCAACAAAAAGAUGUAUUAUCUAUUAGGCACUAGACACUAUGUCCCAACUGUUGACUGUAGAAUACUUCGUAGUUUGACUACAUUUUCGAACAAUAUACUAAACAGUAGUUUUAUAUAGUAAUUGGAACAAAAAAAAAUACGAAAAUAAGACUCAACCGUCAAGAAACAAAACUUUAUUACAAACAAAGACAAUAAAGAAGUAAAGUAACCGUCCCUCGUAAAUAAGUAUAAAAAUAUAAUGAUUUGAAGUAUUAAUUUUAUAUAACUUUAUCUGAUAUAAAUAUAAGUGCCGAAGUAUUUGCUUACAAUUAAAUAAAUAAUUAUGUAUUUUUCACAUAUAAAUAAUAUCUAUUAUAUAGUAUUGUGUGUUUUAGACUUUAAUAG